UUUUACGUAGACGUACUAUCUUGCUAUUAAAUUCACGUUUUAAAACAUAUAUACUAUAUACAUUAGCAGAAUAGUAAACUCUGAUUUUGGGUGUGAUGUGUAUUUUCGGGAACCUAUGCAGCUUAGCCAAGUAGCUAACUCUAGCUAGUAGUAUCUACCAAAUCUAACAUAGUCAUUCAAUAAUACCAGGCUAUAUCAGGGUCCAACUGAACUAGUUUCAGUUGUACAAGCAACAUGGGACUACUGUCAGACCCAAAUCGAAGGCGAGCCCUGACCAACCUGCUCACCCGUCUCAAUGCACCGAUCUGUGUUGUGUGCUACCUGGCAGGUGUGAUGUGGUUCAUGGGCUUGGCCUUUGAACCAUUCACCCUGCGCACUUACAUGUCCGAGAACGCCAUGGGCUCCACCAUGGUGGAGGAACAUUUCCCAGCAGGAGAGAGGGCUCUGGCCACCGGCAGGGAGUUUGCUGCUCACAAGAAAAAAGUUGGUGGAAUGCCAGUGAAUUGGCUGGUGAAGACAAUGGAGUCUCGGGGGUUGGAAGUAUUCACUCAGAGCUUCACCCGCAAGCUUCCCUUUCCCGAUGAAAACAAAGAGAGAUAUCUGGUGCGUGGCACUAAUGUGUAUGGAAUCCUGCGGGCCCCCAGAGCAUCUCGCACUGAAGCGCUGGUGCUGACCGCCCCGUGUAGUCAGGGCAACGCCAACAACCAGGCUGUGGGCCUCCUGCUGGGUCUUGCCCAGUACUUCAGGAGUCAGGUCUACUGGGCCAAGGACAUCAUCUUCCUCGUGAACGAGCACGAUCUGAUCGGCAUGCAGGCCUGGCUGGAGGGAUACCACCACACCAACACCACCGGUGGCGACUGGUCUCCGCUGCAUGGUAGAGGUGGCUCCAUCCAAGCAUCCCUGUCUCUGGAGCUCAGCAGUGAUGUCAUCACCAGUCUGGACUUGGUCCUGGAGGGGCUCAACGGCCAGCUGCCAAACCUGGAUCUGGCCAACCUCUUUCACGCCUUCUGCCAGAAGAUAGGGGUCCUCUGUACCAUCCAGGGCAAGCUCCAGAGGAAUGACUGGGAAAGUACGUCAGGCUACAGCCACUCCGCCCAGACCAUGAUGCUGAUGGUGCUGAAGCAGGCCAGCGGACGGCCCUGGGGGGACCAUGGCCUGUUCCUCAGAUACCACAUAGAGGCAGCCACCAUCAGGGGGAUAAACAGCUUCAGACAGUACAAGACCGACACCACCACCAUCGGCAGGCUCCUGGAGGGUAUGUACCGGAAGCUGAACAACCUCCUGGAGCGUCUGCACCAAUCAUACUUCUUCUACCUCAUGCCCUCGCUCACCCGUUUUGUCUCCAUUGGUUACUACAUGCCGGCCUUCGGCCUGCUGGCCGUCAUCCUGCUGCUGCGUGCCUUAGAUCUGUGGGUGCAGCUUGGAGCUUCAGCACCUGGAACAGAGGAUGGGCUGGCUGAGAGAGAGCAGUCCCCCUCCAGCCCUGGGGUCUUGUCUAUCCUGACUCCAGUAGUGAUCAGUCAUAUGACGGGGGUAGCUCUGUACUGCCUGCCCGUCAUGUCUCAGGAGAUGGCCGUGCAGCACUUUCCUGUAUCUGAGACAGAAGCUGUGGUCCUCACUGCUAUAGCCAUCUACACCGCAGGCCUGGCCCUGCCUCACAACACACACCGGCUCCUUCAAGGAGAGGGCACUGAGCAUGGCUGGAGGGUGCUGAAGCUGGUGGCCCUGCUCUACUUGGCUGUGUUACUGGGCUGCACUGCCCUCAUCAACUUCUCCCUGGGCUUCAUCCUGGCCCUGUCCCUGGUGCCCAUCGCUGCCUUCAUCACGCCGCACACACACAAGCCUCUGUCUGCAGCCAUCAUGGUGCUCCUAAGCCCUGGCUGCACUCUGCUCUACUGCGUCUUAAUCUUCCAGGAGCUGCAGGAAACCCCCGUCUCCCUGCAAGACGGUUGGAUGCUCUUCCUGUCAGUCAUCUCGCAGGGCAUUCUGGACCACUCCCUCUACGGUUCAUUGGUAUACCCACUCCUGGCUCUGCUGAUCUACCCCUGCUGGCUGCUGCUCUGGAACAUCCUCUUCUGGAAGUAGAUGACCGGUGACCGCAGGGACAACGGCUCCCAAGUCUGCCAGCAAAUGGCAACUACCUGGCGGUGUGGAGCAGGGCGAGACCUGCCUCUGUGGAGUUAACGCCAUCAGUUAUGAACUGGUGUGAAGUUGACUGACUUUGCAGGGGCGAGUGGUUUAGAGCAUUGGGUGGGCCUUGUGGGGCCCAGUGCAGAUUAAAAUAUUAUUUUGGGUCAGGAUUUUAUGUGCAUUUGUUUGGUUUGUUGUACCUUAAGUAAUGCACAGGUUUCUUUUGGAACAAUAUUUUUUAUUUUAUUUUGGUUAUUGAGGCCAAAUGAUGAUUUAUGAAACUGGAUUACUGUACCACACUGGAUUUGGAAGGGAUAGAAAUGUUGAGGCAACAUUCUGGCAAACAAAGCCCUUGGCGAAACGUCCAUAAUCACAUUUACCAUGGGAGCUGGAAACUCGUUGAUUAGAUGCAUUUUUUACUUUGUUUAACCUUUUGAACCAUGUGGACACAGAUGCUCAAAUAAAGUGUUCAAACUUGA